AACGAUCGGUUAUUGUUGCGUUUCCAAAUUUCUUCUGCGUAGUGAGGACGGAAAACAACAGAGUGAAACCUUCGUUUCCUUCGACAGGGCGUCUUUGAUACUGCGUGAUAUCGGUAAAAGGCUCCAUUCCCAGAAUUGCCCCGUUCCUUUGCCCAAAUCUACGAUAAGUUUCGGGAAUAUAUUGUUCUGCGAAACAAAAUUUUAAUUUCCUCUCUUUCUUCUACAUCACAAAAAAACGGAAUUCUCUGCGGAGCUCCUGGGCCUGGAGACCUAUUACCUAGAGCCUCCGAAAAUAAGCUCCCCCACCCCCCGCUAAAAAAAAAUAAAAUAGAAAGAAACAAAAAAAGUCUUUUCGAUGAUAAAAUCAACAGAAAUUUUCUCCUUAAUGUCAAAGAAAGUUGGGGACAAUAGACCGACCCCGGCAUGCCUGGGAACGAAUGAUAAAUUUAUUUCCCGCCAAAUUGUUUUGUUAUUUUGCUCAACAUGGCGGACGAUGUUCGCUGCCCAGCUAAGAAGCGAAGAAAAACGGACAAACAGGACUUAGAUCAUCGGAAGGAAGAAAGUGAAAGAAAACAACAUACAGCUAAGCGAACGGGUAAAGCUGAUAUUAAAACCAAGGAUGUGAAGGAGAAACUGAAACAAACAUUCAAAGUUGAACUUCCUCAAGACUUCUUUGACUUUUGGGAAUUUUGUAAAACAUUAAAGAGUGAAAAUCCUAGUGAGGCCUUGAGUGACUCCCUUGGCUUAAAGCUGGUUGGUCCAUAUGACCUGUUGUCAGGACUGUUUGAUGACAUAAAUGAGGCAGAUAUCACUUCUUAUCACCUGCAUUGGAGAUAUUAUUAUGAUCCUCCAGAAUUUCUGACUGUGAUAAAAGGUGAUGACAACACAGGCUUCCACUUGGGCUACUAUAGGGAUGACCCCAAAAGUUCUCCUGUGUUUGUGGCAUCUAACCAGGCUAAAAAGACUUGUGAGUUCACAGUACUUGGUGAAAACCUCUUUGCUGCAGUAAGCAAAUUUCUUGAUGAUUUCAUGAAGACCCCUGGUGGUAAACCCAAACAGAAGUCACUGAAGACUCUUCAAGCCUCACUUCUGUCCAAAGCAAAAGAACUGAAAUACAAUCUUGACACCAGGACAGCAGGCAUCAAAGCCAGAAACAAGAAAGUUGUCAGCAAGACUUUUCACAAAGCUGGAAUAGUUGUUCCUGUGGAUGCAAAUGACGUUGGGUAUCGUCCACUUACUGUGACUGAUGGUGAACUGAAGAAAAUUCUUAAGCGUAUAACAGAAGGUAAAGAUGAAAAAGAAAAAGAGCAAGGUUCGGACGAUCUUCAAGAAAUCAUGACCUUGGUACAGUUUGCUAACGAUGAAUGCGAUUACGGCAUGGGGCUUGAGCUGGGCCUGGAUCUGUUCUGUUUUGGAAGUGAGCGUUUUCAGACGGUCAUUUUACAGCUUAUGCCACUGGCUUACAGGCUUCUUGGUAGAGAUGAAUUUGCAGAGAUCGUUGAAAUUCACUUGGAAAACCGAACUAGAGCUUCACUCAGCCAGCUUCCGUCUUGAUCAUGGGACUUUUCCGCCCUGUUUUGUCUGGGUGUGGUUCCGGCGGAAGUGAGUUGAGCGAAGUUGAGCAGGAGUUGAACUUCUACCUCACAUGAUCAAGGCACGUGAUGUUUAAUGAUGAACUGGAAUGGAUUAUUGCCAUAAACGAGGUUGUAGCCAGUAGUGUCUCGAUAUCUUAUUUCACUUACAUGUACCAAGCCGAUACAGGAAAUACUUAUGAUACUAAAACUGUACCUUUCACUCCAUUACGACCUAGAAUUCAUCUCUUACUCGAAGGCGUUAUUCUAGCAGCAGGUUCAGAACACCUUCACUGUAACUUAAAACUAGCUUUAUGAUUACAGAUGACUGCGCUGUUCCAAAGUUAACAGAAAUCUAAUUUCCUACCACAAAAUGAUCGGACUGGCAACACAGAGUUUUAGCGACUAGCGACCCAAGCCCUAGUUGUAAGCACGGGCCUCCCUAUGCAAGGGAGGACACAGGGAUCAGUUUCUUAGCGUUGAGCUCGCGCUUAUGCGAGCUUCGCUAGUCAAGAACCUGAGUAAUACUGUAGACCAUUAUCUAGCGUACAGACUUCUCAUUUUCCUUUACAUGUAAGUUCCUGUGUAGGAAAAGUUCACCUUUUCAACUUCAGGAAAGUUGUAUAGCUGACAUUAAGACCACGGAAUAGAGAAGAAAGAGAGAGGAAAGAAGUGUAGAGAGCACUAUUUGACUUUUUUUUCUUGUUUUGUUGAGAAGCAUAAGGGAAUAAUAGUCACUUGUAACCAAGAACUCAUCAGUGAAACCGACCCUAAAUAAAGGUAUUCAAACGAAGAAAUAAAGAUGACUAUUUAUCUCUCGUUAACACUCGUAAAAGGACCAUUGCACUUAUAGUCGUAUUUAUCUCGAAUAAAAAUUAUUGAAAGGGCAAGAGACCAAAUGAGCAAUAAUCACAAAGUUAAAAGCGCUAUAUUAUUUGUGAAGCAGUGAACAAACAGUUCGUUAGAUUAAAAACUUUUUCAGAACAAAGAACCAAACCGCACAGGCUCGAUUAUAAGAUCACUAUUUCGCCACCAUUUCAAGUCCGUCCGCAGAGUCACCCAGGAAGUCACUCGGGUGUCAAUAGCCAGUACUCGCGUUUAACACUGAAUCACCCAAAAAACUCUGAAAAAUCUUUUGUAAUUAAGUUUAAAAAAAUAUGCAAGAUCAUCACUGUAUAAAACUUAAAAACACUGAUGCUGGAGAGUUGAGGGACGGGUAGGUUAGUAGCUCUUGUAAGAAAACUCCUGUUCUUAAGCCAUCGUAGCUUGAUUAAGAAAACAAACAGCGGUGAUAAACAUUGUAUUCCAACGCAUAAUUUUAAUUGUUUUACUUGAGCUCUCGUAAGGUCUCACAUGAAUGACUUGAUACCCUUUUAGAGGACAGCAGAACAAACAACAGAAACAAUACGCCUAACCACAAAACAAUAGCUAACAAGCAAAAGAAUUACAAGCCUUAUGCUUAGGAGGGCUGAUUCAUUUCCCACCCCUAUAAACAA